AUGACAAUAACAAACGCAACAGAUGGUAAAAUUAGCGCCGAAAUGCUUAUUCAAGCACAUCAUCUGAAUCGUUUAGAAUCACUUCAUGGAGGAGUGAUAGCAUCGUUAGUGGAUGUUUGUGGGUCGCUAGCUAUAGCAUCUAAAGGAAUGCAUCACACAGGAGUUAGUACUGAUCUAAAUGUUUCAUAUGUUGGAUCAGCGGAGAAUGGAGAUAUUUUACUUAUGAAUGCAGAAUGUGUAAAGCUUGGUAAAACACUUGCGUUUACCACUGUAGAAAUGCACAAUAAAGAUAAUGGAAAAUUAAUAGCACAAGGUAGACACACUAAAUUCGUUGUUAUUGCUCAUACUGACCCCAAUAAUGAGCUUAAGAUUGGAGGUUCAAAGAUUUAA